CGGAUGGCAAAAUCCAAAUUCUUCUUCUGAUCUAUUGAGCAGAUCUACAAAAGAAGGAUGCUUUAGCGGUUGAUCAAACCAUAAGAAUAAACGAAUUAAUAGCAUAUAAGUGAUCUCAAAAGUAGUGUCUCAUCUUUGGAGAGGUGGAUGAAAUAAAUAUGAGGUUGGUGGUGGGCUAGAACGGACAAAAUCCGCUAGCAGGAACCUUCCGAGAAGAAGGUGAUUUUCAUCCUUCUUCUCUGUUGACGUCGACGGUUGCGUGUGCCGACAUUCAGCUGCGCCGAUUCCGGCUACCAACUUCCAUUAUCAUCAACCUUCCGAGAUCCACAGCCGCUUACAUCCCCAAUAUCCUCUGUUUUCAACCAUGGACCACUCAUUUUGUAUCGCCUGUUGGCAGGCAAAACAAUCCCAGUGUCAUUAGGGUGAAACACCUCUCCAAUCUUAUCUUUUGACUCUCAAGAUUUCGUAGUGUGAUUGCUUCGUGGUGGCAGAAGAGAGUUCAAGUGUUUGGUAUAGUCUUCUGGAUUCCUUGUAAAUUUCAAUUUUAGUGAAUUUCUUCUCCUAUGAUUUCUUUUGGGUUCUGUUAUGUGUUCUUUGCAUUUCUUCUUCAUUCCCGCUUUAUCACGUCUCUAUGCAACAAUAUCCAAGGUGAAAGUUUCCACUGAUGUCCUGCAAAGCUUAUAAUCGCCGAAAGCUAUUCUUGGCAGCUUUGGUUAUAAAAGAAUCCAUGGAUUUAUCUAAACAACAGUCAUCCGGCUCCUUUCAGCCAAUACAAUGUUGAUUCCAUCUGCUGUGGAUGAAUCUUAUGACUGUUAAGCCCAACCAACUGCUUGCAGAUUCAAUUUCUAUGGCUGUUUAUAUAAUAUCAGCGUGAGAUGCUAAGGAUAAAACCAUCAAGAAAAUUAGAUGAGUGGAAAACAGAGAUGGGCAAACCUAGAAAAGAUUGCUGAUGAUAGAGCACAUGAGUUUGAGAAAUGUUUGAGACAGUUCUUUUCGUUGUGUGUGGGACAGUAUCUUAUUUACAAACUGAGUAUUAAGUUAAUUUAGCUGUAUAUGGCAUUUGGUUUUGGAUUUUCCCUUGGAUAUCUUGUUUUAGAUCAAUAGGGCCCAGAGCACCAGCAGCAACAACACAUGAAGUGAAUUUUCUCCAACCAAUGGACACUCCAUGUGAGCCAUUAAUGAAGUAGGUCCUUUCGACACCGACUCGACGUCCUUUCUUCUCACCCCUUCUCCUUCUGAAACCAUAUAUACAGACCAAAUAAUCUUCAAACUCCAACUCAAAUUUCUUAUCGAUCCUUAUCCAUACUUCGCAACAUCAAGAUUCAAAUCCAGUUUAAAUCCUCUCAUCCUGAAAUCAAAUACAGACAUGGGAAUCAGACUACCUUCACUUCUCCUUAAUGCUAAGCAAAUUGUAAGAAUGCAGACGGUUUCUUCAAGAAGCCAAUGUGGUGUUCCCAAGGGUCAUAUUGCAGUCUAUGUGGGGGAGAUUGAAAGGAAGCGGUUUGUAGUUCCGAUAUCGUACUUGAACCAUCCUUCUUUCGUAGCUCUACUCAAGACAGCUGAAGAAGAAUUUGGAUUUAAACAUCCAACAGGAGCUUUAACAAUUCCUUGCAGAGAAGAUGCCUUCCUCAACCUCACUUCUAGGCUGCAUACUCCCUGAAAGAGAGGAAAAACAAUCCUACACAUAGUUUUGUAGAAUUCCUUUCAUUUUUUUCUUCUUUUUGCCACAGUUGAGGAGUAGAAUGUCAAUACAUAGUUAGUACCAAUUUGAUGAAGAAGCAAAAGUUGAUUCAACAUCAAUGUACAAUUUAUAAUUGCAGAGAUGUAAAUAGAAAUGGAGUCACAUUUUCUUAUUAAAAACUGCCUCCUUCAGCCUCUGAA